AUGCAGGUCCUGGCCUCCGAUGAGGGCGGACUAUGUGCUUUAUCGCCAAAUCAGGGCAUAUGCGCCCUUGUACAAAAAGGCAUAGUUGUUGUGUUUAUGGAUCACAUUAGGCGUGCAAGUGGGAUAGAGAAUUACGCUCCUGCAGGCAGCGAAUCUGUUGCGCCUCUUCCUGAGGCUGCGGACUCAUCGACGCCAUAUCGAAGUGAUGCAGUCAUUUCCACCUACACAGCCCUUGAUGAGAUCGAUGAGCUGCAAUGGUCACCAGACAGCACACUUGUGACGCUGCUCCUGUCACGAAGGAAAACUGUGGAAAUUGUGAGUGUUUACGGCAAGUGUUGUGUGGCUCGCAUUGAUGCUGGAAUUUUGGGUCUGCGCGCAGUGCAAUGGCAUCCAUCGUCGCGCGCAGUGUAUUGGUUGGGAUUGCUGCAGGGGCAUGUUCUCUCCCUUGUGGACAGUCAGGUGAUGCGCCUUGCGGGGGGUGUAAAGUAUUCAGCCCAGCUUGCGGCAAGAAGGCAGUCGUCGAGGCUCGCCGUCUGCAGCGAGCCCACCUCCUCAUUUCUCCUUAAGAGAAGUGACCCUGUGAGCGAGGCCGCUUUGAUUCGUUUUUCUAAGUGCCAUCGAUUUUUGCUCUACGUGACACCCAGACUACUCCAUUCACCGCUGCCAAGAAACCGGGAGGAGGAACAGACGGCGCCAGCGCUUGGAGUUUGUAGUGGUGGCGUCGCAACCAUAUCUUUUUCACGGGUGGAGGGUGAUGAUGACAAGAACGCGAAUUCCCAUUCCCAACGCAGUGAGUGGCUUGUCGUCCUCUCGGCUACGACACAUGAGGAGUUGCAUGCCUUUCCGACGGGACGGCUUGUGCAGAGUGUGUCGGACUUCUUCACACUUGCGUGUGGGGUUGCGUUGGUGGAUUAUAUUCACGGUUCACUGGUGUUGAUCUCACACAAUGGUGCACACAUAUUACAUCACGAGCCCGCUGGUGUGAAGCAUGUGGUCUCCUCGAAGAAUGGAACUGUGCUCCUCAUUCUAUUUUCGGACGCCUGCCGUCCCGUUCUUGCAUACGAGGAUCGUGUUUUGGCCUUGCGACGCAUUAGUUUCCGGGAAGACGUUAUUAUGUCUUUGCAGCUAAGAGAAAUACAGGUGCUGAAGGAACCGAGCCUGGCGGAGGGCCUCCCGGUGACCCGUUCACGCGCAGCAGCGUUUUAUCAACGGGACGUCGACGCUUUUACAGAGCUUAAUAGUUGCAGAGAGUGGAUACAAGGAACAGCAUUGGAAGAGUCCUUGCGAAGCCAUGCAGCAAUCAGUGCGUCUGGCCAGAUGGCUGCCGUCACGCUGGGAAGAUGGCCAUCCUGGGUGUUGGUCAUUGACAUCCUUGGUCAACAGGUGGCGGAGGUGUUGCUUCACAAUGAACCCGUCCUGGGGCUUUGUUGGAGUCCGUCACCAUGUUCGGAGUACUGGCGUUUCCAGCGGUGUCAUUACAUGCAGCGAAAGGAAGGAAGUUUGGCAGUAGAUGGUGGCAAUGACGCUUCCAGGAGGAAGCGAGUCCCAGGACAGGAAGAACCUCUGCUAGUGACGACAGACAAUCACGAGGCGAAGGUAUUUUUGUGGCUUGCCAAUCAUGCCACUUGUUGCGUGGCGUCUUGUGAAGAGUGUCUUGAUGACGCCGAAGCCAGACGGAAACGAAAACAGCGGGGUGACACGCCCGGCGUUUGUGAGAGCCAAUUGCCGGCGUUACGCUUAAACCGCGUCAUGUUUGGUGAAGCCGCCGCAAAUGCGGUGUUAAUGGAUGAACUACGCGGUGUAGUCUUGACGGUUGCAUUUCGCAUGGAUAAAGCUUACCAAUGA